UUGACACAACAACGUAAACAGAUUCAUCGAGAGAACAAAGCUGCCAAAACAUUAGGAAUAAUAAUGGGAGCAUUUUUGUUCUGUUGGCUUCCAUUUUUCAUAUGGUACCUAUCGACAACCCUUUGCGGAGUGAAAUGUGACACCCCAAAAGAGGUCAUAUCCCUUCUGUUCUGGAUUGGUUACGUCAAUUCAGCACUGAAUCCCCUGAUAUAUGCAUUUUUCAACAGGGACUUUCGAGAAGCGUUCAGACGUUUGUUGCGA